CCUUUGGUCAAAAUCGGGAACUCGAAACGGCGUUGGCGGCAAUGUCGAACGACUCCGCUUCCUCCACCGCCGAUAGAAAACAACAACAGAGAAAGGACGAGAAGCGACACCUCUCCAUCUUCGACGUCCCGUCGGAGUUGUUCGAUUCGUGCCGACUCCUCCAAUCUCCAAGCUCUUUGCCCGAACCAGCUGAAUCGUCAUCGGUGAUCUCCGCAAUCGAAACGCCAGGCGACGAAGAGCAGCCAAUUGCAACAGCGAAGGCUUUGGUUUCGAGAUGGUCUUGUAAUACUUGCAAGGGCGAGUUCGAGUCUCUCGCAGACCAACGGGCUCACUUCAAGUCCGACGUUCAUCGAUUCAACGUGAAGCUAACUAUUGCGGGAAAGAAUACUGUGAAGGAGGAAGAUUUUGAUGAGUUGACCUCUGAUUCUUUAUUCAAAGACUACGAUAUAUCGAGCAUAUCCGGGUCUGAAGAUGAAGCUGAAAAGGGAUCCUUCCCCUCUGAUUAUGUUCAUAGUGGAUUAAACAGAAGUGUUAAACAGAAGCUAUUUAUUCGUCUUCAGAGAGGAGAAAGAGUUUCAUUGUGGAAGUGUUUGCUUUUGGACGAGGCUGAGAAUAUUUUGUUUGAGAAUGAUAAUAUAGUUGAUGCAGAUGAUGGUGAGUCCAUGCCUUGCUUGAGAGAGAAGGAAGUAAUUGAAAAACUGAAUUUUGUUAUCCAUGAGCCCAGGGAUAAUACCCGGUUGAGGGUUGUGUUGCUUGCAAGUGGUGGACACUUCGCUGGCUGCGUGUUUGAUGGUAACUCUGUUGUGGCUCACAAAACAUUCCACAGAUAUGUGGUAAGAGCCAAGGCUGGUAAAAAACAGUCAUCAAAAGACGCAACCGGCAGAGCUGCACAUUCUGCUGGAGCUUCACUUCGCCGUUACAAUGAACUUGCCUUAAAGAAGGAAAUUCAAGAACUACUUGCUGCUUGGAAGCCUUAUUUUGAUGCUUCCUCGUGCGUUUUCAUUUAUGCUCCGUCUGACAACCAUCAGCUACUUUUUGAUGGAGAAAAACCUUAUUUUAGUUGCAAGCAUUGUAUUGUCCGAAGUGUGCCAUUGACUGUCCGGAGACCUACAUUGAAGGAAGCCCGGAGAGUUUAUAAGUUAUUGACACAAGUUGCCUAUGAAGUCGAAGAAAAUGCAAGUAUCAUCAAGGAGGAUUCAGUGUUGAGUGUGAGCAUUGCGAAUGAAUGCUUCCCGGGGUCCACCAAAGAGGACGUAGUUGAUAAUCUGGGUUGUAUGAAAAUUACAGAAGUUUGCUUGGGUGUCAAAAACUCUGAGAUUUUGUCCAUAUCUAGUGAAAGUGAGAAUGAAGUGGUUAGUGCAUCCACACCAUUACAUGAAGCAGCAAAAUGUGGGAAUGAACAAAAAGUUUUGGAACUCCUAGAACAGGGUUCUGAUCCUUGCAUUGUAGAUGAAAGGGGACGGACUCCAUAUAUGCUUGCCACCGAAAAAGAGGUGAGAAAUAUUUUUCGAAGAUUCAUGGCUUCUAACCUUGACAAGUGGGACUGGAAUACGGCUAAAGUACCCAGUGCAUUGACAAAGGAAAUGGAGGAGUCUCAAGCUGCUAAGCAGGCAGAGAAAGAUGCCAAGAGGAAAGCAAGAGCAAAAGAGUUGAAGAAGUUACGGAAAGAAAAAGAAAAGAAGGCCCAGGCUGAUGCUGCUGCGUCCCAUAGUGCCCCGACAAUUUCAGUGAAUCGGGUAGCCACUCCUAAUACACUUUCGAAAGGACAGUCUCAAUCUAGUAUUGGAGCCAAGAUGUCUAAAGAGGAGGAACUGAAAAGGGCACAAGCUUUAGAAAGAGAAAAGAGGGCUGCUGCUGCAGAGAGAAGAAUAGCUGCAUCCCAAAAUGCUCAAGAGACUAGUGCCUCAAAUGUUUCAUCUAGCAGUUCACAGCCCAAGGGCGUGGUGACAACCGAUAUCAAAUGCUCAUGUUGUAACUCUUCUUUGGUUGGUAAAGUUCCCUUUCAUAGGUAUAACUACAAAUACUGCAGUGCGUCAUGCAUGCAUGUCCACAAAGAGAUGCUUGAAGAUGGAUAAACAGACCGGUUUCCAAUUUUUAUGCUUGAAGAUGGCUAUUGUUUCA